CCCAACCCGCUAUGCACAUGCGCCGCCUGGUCCAAUUGGUUCCGUGCAAGAUAACAUAUGUGGUCCGGCUGCCGGUAUUGGUAUUACCGACUCACUCACGGUGCAUGAGCUGGGGCAAUCCUGCCGGAAAGACAUGAAAACGCAAUGCUCUGCUGGUAUGAAGCCAAUUUAGUAGCUGCUCAACGGCACCCUCUUAUCUCUCACACGAGACAUACUCAGGACUCCACGCGUACUACAUGUCCAUACACGGGUCCCAUAGACAUGAUCGUACCGAGCAAUUGGACUUCCGGUUACGAGAAUAGUCGCUUAUCUGCGUUGCAGGUAAAUACAUAUAGUUGUGCUAAAACUUCUCGUGCAGUUUGUGCAGUACUGUCUUGUUACGAUGAGCUUGACCGCUGAAGGAGCGAUCAGCGGGCACGAUGUGCCCAGCGAGAAAGCUCUUAGCACUAGUGACAAAUCGUUCGAUGACAAAGGCGACGUCGAAACUGCAACAGUCGAUGCUGACAGCGAGGAAGGCGUGCUCUCCGAUGAACGUGAUAUUGCUACGCACGUCAUCUCGGUGGACGACGAUCCUUCUCUGAACCCGUGGACAUUCCGUUCCUUCUUUAUUGGUCUUGGUCUCUCAGCCUUUGGUGGAGUACUCGCGGAAAUCUAUUAUUUCAAGCCCCAAACGGUUUUAGUGUCAUUGAUGUUCCUUGCAGUCGUAUCUUAUGUUCUGGGCGUCUUCAUGGAGACUUUUAUUCCUCGCCGCGGAUUCCUGCGCUACCUGAACCCUGGACCAUUCAACAAGAAAGAAAAUGCUUUCAUUGUGAUCAUGGCAAGCGCUUCUGCCAACUCCGCCUUAGGUACCGAAGUUCUUGCUGUCCAGCGAUUGUAUUACAACAUCACGCCCAAUCCCGCUGCUUCGAUUUUCCUGCUCUUCUCUUCUCAACUUCUUGGUUAUGGAAUUGGUGGCAUGAUGAGAGGCAUCCUGUUGUAUCCAUCAAAGAUGUUAUAUCCUACUGUGCUACCAUUGUUGUCCAUGUUCGAUGCUCUCUACGAGGGCGGGAUGGAAGCGCGGAAGAAGCUCAGAGUCUUUUACAUGGUGUUUGCUGCUAUCUUCAUUUGGGAGAUUUUCCCAGAAUGGAUAUUCCCGCUUCUGACCGGGUUCUCCAUCAUCUGUCUUGCAGCUCCGAACAAUGCUGCCGUCUCGCGAGUGUUUGGUGGCAGCAACGGAAACGAGGGUCUGGGACUCCUGUCUAUAUGCUUUGACUGGCAAUAUAUCUCUGGCGGGGUGAACCCUAUGACUAUCCCGCUCAAAGCACAACUCUCGAAUUUCCUGGGCUACAUUCUUUGCAUGGUCGUGUUUUCUGCUGUGUAUUACAAUAACAUCUGGAAGGCCCAGAACUUCCCAUUCCUUUCUCAACUCUUGUUCUAUGAAAACGGAACACAGUACGAUCAAACACUUAUUCUCAAUGCCAACUAUGAAGUCGACCCCACACUCCUCGCUGAACAAGGCCUACCUUACUAUUCCAGCACUUGGAUCGUCUACUUGCUGACCUCAAAUUUGGGUUUGGCGGCCACGUUUACCCAUCUGCUCCUCUGGAACCGGGAUGACUUGCGCUCUGCAUGGAGCUGGAUGACUCCAUCAGGCAUCAAACAAAUGUGGGCGAAUUUUGACUGGAAGUUUUGGAAAGCAGACGGAAUGCGGAAGCAAGACGUCGAUGAUGAAAAUAUCGAUCCCCACUACAAGCAAAUGCUGAAGUACCCCGAUGCUCCCAAUAGCUGGUACUUCGUCGUUUUCCUCGUGUCUUUCAUUGUUUCCCUGGUGGUUAUAUACAAGAGCAAUUCGACUUUGCCAUGGUGGGGCUUCGUUAUCUCGCUCAUGCUGGCGACGAUUUCCAUUCUGUUCUUCGGUGCACUCGGCGCGAUUACAGGAUUUGGACUCAUCAUCCAGCCGUUUAUCCAGAUGAUUGGUGGUUACCUUCACAGCGGGAAGCCAGUGGCAAAUAUGUACUUCGUUCUAUACGGAUACAACACUGUCAGCCAAGCCAACCUACUACUCCGCGACCUCAAGAUAGCUCAGUAUGCAAAGCUGCCACCUCGUGCAGCAUUCACUGCUCAGAUUCUUGGCACGCUGCUUGGCGCCAUCUUGAACUUCUUCAUCAUGAAUUCAAUCAUAGAUAACCAACGUGAAAUCUUGUUGUCUGUCCAAGGAACCAACAUCUGGUCCGGCCAACAACCUCAGCAAUACAACUCUCAGGCAAUUGCGUGGGGUGGACUCAGUCAUGAGCUCUUUUCCGCAGGCCAAAGAUACCAAUGGGUUCCUUGGGCAUACCUAAUUGGACUUUUCAUCCCUGUUCCGUUCUGGGUCAUCCACAGGUACUGGCCAAAACUUCGCGCGGAUUAUCUUUAUACUCCAGUUAUCGCCUACUUUAUCGGAUGGCUUUGUGUUGGAAUCAAUUCCUCCAUUCUUUCUUACUUCGCUGUCGCAUUCUUCUCGCAAUGGUGGCUGCGUACGCGCCACCCUCGCUGGUUUGCUAAAUACAACUACAUUAUCGGAGCUGCCCUUGACGGAGGCACUCAAGUCAUGGUGUUCAUCCUCUCAUUUGCGGUGCAAGGCGCUGGUGGGAACGCUCACAUGUUCCCUGCAUGGUGGGGCGCGAACCAAUCAGGUAAUUAUGACCACUGUGCCCCGUUGAACUGAAAUUAGUGAACAUGGGGUGACGGUGGAGCUUAUCGCACGUAUCAUACAC